AUGCCUUCCGUGUCCUCACUAGCCAUCAUCACCGGGGCGGUGGACAUUGCGUACCAUGUCGCCUUUGGCUUGUCACUAACCCCCAAGGGCCUGAUUCUCAGAUACCUCAUGCUCUUCGCUGUUGCUCUUAUCCUGAAACUGUUUUAUCAAAUUUUUUUGUUUCGCAGAUAUGGCUCGCCGUUCAGAGAUUUGCCUGCGGUGCCGAACCCGCACUGGCUCUGGGGCACAUUCAUCGAGUACCAGGACCAUCGGUACGAUCAAGGUCUUCGCAUGUCCAGAGAGUAUCCCGGCCUGCCGUUCUCCAGAUUUUACGGUCCAUUUGGGACCGAUCAAUUGUUGCCGGGAACCAUUGAAGCACACCGCCAAAUCCUCCAAACCAAAUGCUACAAGUUCAAAAAGCCUACCACUGUUUCCCGUGGAUUCAAACAAUUCAUCGGCGACGGCUUAUUCUUCUCAGAAGGCGACCAGCAUAAAAUGCAGCGCCGCCUGCUCAACCCCGGCUUUGCGCCGACGUACAUCAAGACGCUAGUCCCGGCGUUCAUGACGCACAUGCGCAAGCUCACCGCAAACUACGACGAGAAAACGGCCGCCGGCCCGGCUAUUUUCCCGCAGCUUCAUUUGCUCAGCAGAUUCACGCUCGACGUCAUCGGCCAGGUCUCGUUCGGCGUCAACCUGCACGCGCUCGACGACGAGACCAACGAGCUCGUGCAGGCGUACACCACUUUGUCGACGCCGAUCGACGAUCCCGCGUUUUUCUUUCUCAACUCGCUGAUCCCCGGAUUCAAGUAUCUGCCCACGCGGCAGAACAAGCGGAUGGCGGAGGCUAAGAAGGUGUUCAAGAAGGCUAUCCGCGGGGUGAUCUCGCAGCGAAUCGAGGACGCGUACGAGCGCAAGAUCGAGGGCAAGGAGCGGGAUAGUCUUAGGCUUUUGCUGCUGGAUACCGAGCAUCGGUGGACGGUUGAUGAGAUUGAGAACCAGCUCAUGACCUUACUACUCGCAGGCCACGAAACCACCGGCGGCGCCCUUUCAUGGGCACUCCUCAACCUUGCCAGAAACCAAGACGUGCAAGAUCGUUUACGGGCAGAGGUGCAAGCAGCGUUCCCGGGCGGCAUGGACGACAUCUCCGACGAGACUCAGCUUGAAUCUCUAAAGUUUCUCAACAAUGUCCUGCGCGAGACUCUCCGCAUCAAUCCUCCAGUUCCCGUCACGGUCCGCGAAGCGGAAGAGGACAUCGAAAUCGAAGGCCAACUGAUUCCCAAAGGCACGACCGUAAACAUCUGCAUCGAUGCCCUCAACAAACUACCCGAGAUCUGGGGCGCCGACAGCGACGCCUUCAACCCGGACCGAUGGGACACCGACGCGGCCCAGAACUCUGCCUACGGUCUCGCGACCUUUAUCCACGGCGCGCGCGCGUGCCUCGGGCGACGGCUGGCGGAGUUGGAGAUGAAGUGCACGCUGGCGACGUUGGUGGGGAGGUAUAAGUUUGAAGAGGCGGUGGAGAAUCAGGUCGUGCCGAUGGACUUUGUGAUUACGCUGAAGCCGUCGGAUGGGUUACCGCUGAAGGUGACGAGAUUGACAUGA